GUUUUCACCAGGAUCUUUGUACCACACUAAUCUGACAGUCUCAUCCCUCCAACUAGAUACAGAGACCAUGGUCAACCAGAGCUCCCCUGGGUGCUUCCUCCUGCUGGGCUUCUCUGAACACCCACAACUGGAAAAGAUUCUCUUCGUGGUUGUCCUGUGCUCCUACCUCCUCACUCUCCUAGGAAACACACUCAUCCUCCUGCUGUCCACACUGGACCCCAGGCUCCACUCCCCAAUGUACUUCUUCCUCUCUAACCUCUCCUUCUUGGACCUCUGCUUCACUACAACCUGUGUCCCCCAGAUGCUGUUCAACCUCUGGGGCCCCACAAAGACCAUCAGCUUCCUGGGAUGCUUUGUACAGCUCUUCAUCUUCCUAUCCCUGGGGACAACAGAGUGCAUUCUGCUAGCAGUGAUGGCCUUUGACCGCUAUGUGGCUGUCUGCCAGCCCCUGCAUUAUGCCACCAUCAUCCAUCCUCGACUGUGUUGGCAGCUGGCAGGUGUGGCCUGGAUGAUUGGCCUGGUGGAGUCAGUGGUUCAGACACCAUCGACUCUUCACCUGCCCUUCUGUCCCCACCAUCAGGUUGAUGACUUUGUGUGUGAGGUCCCUGCUUUGAUUCGACUAUCCUGUGGGGACACCACCUAUAAUGAGAUCCAAAUGGCUGUUGCCAGUGUCUUUAUCUUGGUUGUGCCUCUGAGCCUCAUCCUGGUCUCUUAUGGUGCCAUUGCCAGGGCCGUGCUGAGGAUAAGCUCUGCAAAGGGGCGCAGGAAAGCUUUUGGGACCUGCUCGUCCCACCUUAUUGUGGUCACCCUCUUCUACAGCUCAGUCAUUGCUGUCUAUCUACAACCCAAAAAUCCUUAUGCCCGAGAGAGGGGCAAGUUCUUUGGUCUCUUCUAUGCAGUGGGAACGCCUUCUCUUAACCCUCUCAUAUAUACCCUAAGGAACAAGGAAGUAAAGAGGGCAUUCAGGAAGCUGUUCUGGAAGGAAGUGGAGCCCAGCUGACACACUCCCAGUAAGCUGAAUGGGAAAUUUGCAA